AAAACAAACUAACCUCAAACACGUCAUCCUCCUCCUCCUCCUCCUCCAUUUUCGUCUUCGCUUCCUCUCUCUCCCCCUUCACUUCUCUCUCUCAACAAUGGACUACGAUUUCAGAAACAGAACAAGCUCACCGUACGACACACCAUCGACGAUGCACAGAUCAUCGACGCCGUCAACAGCACCACAACCUAGCCAUCCGAUGUACGGACCACCUUCUCUCUAUCCAACAGUGAAUCAACCUGGUCACACCGUAAUCCCUCACGCACCCCGCCACCAUUCUUUCACUCAACAAGCCCCCUCCUCUCCUUCCUCAGGAUUAGGGAUUCGGGUUAUGAUAAAACCGGAAUACCGCAUCACUCCUCCACCACAAUUGACACCACAAAUAGUGGAGAUUCCGCGGAGUAGUUUUCAGUUUGAUUUUGAGCUUGAGAGACAGAUUUUAGCGGAAGCGGAGAAGGAUAGCCCGAAUUGGAGUAGGCUGCUUGGUUUGGAAAAUUCGCCUCCCAAACCGUUACAGUCGACCUCUUCAAUAGGUCCAACUGCAGAUCCUGUGGUGAGAAAGUACAUUUCAAUGGGACUCAAUCGAGAUGCUGUUCCUCUUGCAGUUGCAAACUAUGGAGAUAAUCCGCCAAAGGUUCAGGAAUUUGUCAACGGCUACACCCUUCUACAAGAAAUGGGAUUUCCAUCAAACAAGGUAGCUGAAGCUUUACUCAUGUAUGACAACAACACGGACGAGGCAUUGGCACAUUUCCUUAACAGUUCAUAACAAGCAUGCCUUAAUUAGACGUUUGUGUGUGAUAUUGAUAGUUAAAAUUGACGCUACACGAUUCUAGUAUUGUAGCCAUGUUUGCCAGACUGCAAUAUGAUUGUAAAAAAGAUACCAGACCGGUUUUUCCUGGUCACUUGCUUGUAUGUAGUACCCUCUUUUGUUUUUGUAUCUUGUAAUAUUUUAGUAACCCAUGUUGAAUUCCUUUGCAAAUCGAUUAGCCUUAUCUUCACUGAAA